AUGGCUCCCAUCAAGAACGGCCGCGUCCUCUUCAAUGAGGUCCCUGAAGGCCUUCCUGUGGCUGGAAAGACCACCAUCUAUGACGAGUCGCACACCAUUGACAUCGACAUCAUCCCGCUGAAUGGCGGCUUUGUAGCGAAGCUCCUCUCCAUUUCCGUUGACCCCUACCUUCGGGGUCGUAUGCGUAAACCUGAGAAGAAGAGUUACAGCAACCCUUUCACGCUGGGCGAGCCUAUCUCGAAUUACGCGGUCAGCGUAGUCCUCCGCUCUGAGGAUGACUCCGUGAAGCCCGGAGACCACGUUUACGGCCUCUUCCCUUAUCAAGAGUAUUCCGUGCUUACCAAGGCACAAAUCAUGCGCACGCUUGACAACAAAGAGAACCUCCCGUGGUCGCUAUUUGUUGGGAUUCUAGGCAUGACCGGACAAACUGCUUACUAUGCUUGGAAGGAGUAUGCUCAGGCGAAGGCGGGAGAGACCGCGUUUAUCAGCGCCGCGGCGGGAGCGGUCGGCGCCACGGUAGUACAGUUUGCGAAAGCCGAUGGCAUGAAGGUUAUCGCUUCCUCGGGAUCGGAGGAGAAGGUCGAACUCGCGAAGUCCAUGGGUGCUGAUGUCUCAUUCAACUACAAGACAUCUGAGACCGCGGAAGUCCUGCAGAAAGAAGGCCCCAUCAGCGUGUAUUGGGACAACGUCGGUGGACCAACGCUCGAGGCCGCAAUCGAGAACGCCAGCACGGGAGCUCGCUUCAUUGAAUGCGGCAUGAUCUCCGGCUACAACGGCGAGUCGUACUUUGUCAAGAAUUUGAUGCAGAUUGUCGGGAAGCAACUGCACAUCCACGGCUUCAUUGUCGGCUACCUUGGGCCCAAGUACGAUGAGGAGUUCUACUCGACUGUGCCUGCACGCGUUGCCUCGGGCGAGAUCAAGUACAAGGAGCACGUUUACAAAGGACUCGAGGGUGCGAGCCAGGCGAUCGUCGACGUACAGAGUGGCGCCAACUUCGGGAAGGCUGUGAUCGUCGUUGCCGAGCAGUAA